AUGCAAAGUAUCUCUUUAGUUUUCUUGCAGUAUUUACGGCACUCAGUACGGACGCUACCUAUUGUUUUAUUUGUGAAGAGCCAGCACCGCUCAAUUGGGAUAAAAAAAUAUGUGAAAAAAUUAAGGAGUUAUCUGGCAUUAGUGGCCGCUCUGGCGAGCGAGGCUGACCAAGUUUUCAUUCCGGAAGACCCCGUCCCAAAUAAUUGGGUCGAAAAACUUUGCAAACGUUUACAGCAGGAGCGUAAGUCCGGUCAGAGGCUGAAUAUCAUUAUAGUAGCGGAGGGUGCGAUCGAUCGUGAAGGUCAACCGAUAACAGCUGAGCUGGUUAAGAAGGUGGUUGUUGACAACCUUCAACAAGACACGCGCAUCACGGUCCUUGGUCACGUGCAAAGAGGAGGUUCCCCAUCAGCUUUUGAUAGAAUUCUGGGUUGUCGCAUGGGAGCUGAGGCCGUGAUGGCUCUAAUGGAAGCCACUCCCGAAACUGAACCGUGUGUGGUGACCCUGGAUGGAAACCAAGCCGUCCGUCUGCCUCUCAUGGAGUGUGUGCGACGCACUAAGGCCGUGGCACAGGCUAUGGCUGACAAAAACUGGGAUUUAGCUGUCCAACUGCGCGGACGCAGUUUUGCAAGGAAUCUGGAAACAUACAAAAUGUUGACCCGUCUGAAACCUCCCAAGGAAGCUUUCGACGCGUCCGGCAGACCGACCGAGGGCUAUACUCUUGCGGUGAUGCACGUAGGAGCCCCAGCGUGUGGUAUGAACGCGGCCGUGAGGUCGUUUGUAAGGAACUGUAUCUACCGCGGAGACACUGUAUUAGGGAUACACGACGGAGUAGAGGGACUCAUCAGUGGGAACAUCGCUAAGAUGGAAUGGUCCGAUGUAACUGGUUGGGUGGGACAAGGAGGCGCCUUCCUUGGAACUAAGAGGACGCUGCCAGGUGACAAGAAGGCUGAGAUAGCAGCCAGGAUCAAACAGUUCAAUAUACAAGGACUGCUUAUUAUUGGAGGCUUUGAGGCUUACCAAGCAGGUCUGGAAUUAUAUGAUGGUCGCAGCAACUUCCCUGAGUUCAAUAUACCGAUGGUGGUGAUACCUUCUACCAUCAGUAACAAUGUUCCCGGGACCGACUUCUCUUUGGGAGCGGACACAGCGCUCAAUGAGAUCACAGAGAUAUGCGAUCGAAUCCGACAAUCUGCCCAAGGUACAAAACGACGCGUCUUUGUUGUUGAAACUAUGGGCGGAUAUUGCGGGUACUUGGCAACAUUAGCGGGUCUUGCUGGUGGCGCCGACGCUGCUUAUAUCUACGAAGAAAAGUUCUCCAUCAAGGAUCUGCAACAAGAUGUAUAUCAUAUGGCGUCCAAAAUGACCGGCGGCAAUACAACGCGGUCUCAUACUCCGUAA